UACUUACGUAUUUAAAUUUUAAAUAACUAUAAUGGUUGUACGAAUUGUAAUAGCUGGUGAAUCACAGUGUAAAGUUUUUGCUGAAAUAUGCCUCGUGGCAGAUCAUUUAUCAAAAAAAUUACCUGAUUUUCGCUACGAGCGUAUAGAAAAACCAGUACUGGAGUGGAAUGCUUGGAUGUACAAAAUAAACCAGAAAAAUAAAUGGCAUCAUAUUAGCUCACCCCUUGUUUGGAAAGAAUUAUUGGCUACAGGCAGUAAGGCCUUUUAUAUUGGAGGAGGACCUGAGUUUUUAGAUUAUUGCUACUCUUAUUACAAAUUUGAUGUUUUCAUGGCACCUGCGAGAUAUGAAAAUUUAGUUUUAAACUACAGACAAUACAACAAAAAAAUGAAACAAGAAUCUAAAUUUCAUCUUGAUGUCGAAUUUGAAAUGGAAGAAAACACUUUAAAAAACACUUUUAGUGUAUGUAUAUCUGGAUCCGGAAAUCCAAUCACUAUGCAUUUGAUAUCUGAGUUAUUAGAAAUGAGUUCAAGCGAAAAGGGUGUUUAUAAAGUUUAUAUAUACGACCACCGAUGCUCUUCAUCUUUUAUGGAAUUAGUUGAACGUGAAUGUAGUUUCGUAGAGACCAAUUACGCAGCAAAAGUAGUCAAAUACGUAGACAAAAUUGGCCUAGCCCUUACUAAUACGGAUGUUUUAAUAAUACUUGAUCAUGUUCCGUUCAGUCCAGAACAAUCUAUUGGAGGAUGGUUAUACGAGAACAAAAAAAUUAUGCAUAAUAUGGCGCAAAUGAUAAAUGCAUCAGCAUCAUCAAAAAUGAAAAUAAUUUUACCAAAUUUGGGCCCAGCUUGUUACAAUGCAACAGUUUUAUCAGAAUCACUAACACAUAUUAGUAAACAUAACAUAGUAAUUGCUACCUCAGAUUUAGGAAUGGAAGUAACACCUAUUAUUGCAAAAAUUGCUGAAAUUCCUAUGAGAAAUAUGUUUUGCCCACCAGUUUGGGGGUUUGUUGGAGUAAAUCAUCUAGUAGAUAUUAAUAAUUCAAUUCAUAAAUACAACGAAUUUCAUCCUUUUAAUAGAUAUAAAAAAGUUAAAAAUUCUACUUUGUGUAUUGGCUCAUUAACACCACAAAUGAGAACUAUAGAAUAUUUAAUAUUUUUCGAUGAAUCCUUGUGGAUAAAAGUUGCAGAAGAAAAGACUAAAUCUAUAGACAGUUCAUGCCUUAAUAAAAGCAUAGCGAUUUUGGAUUUACUUAAAUCAUGGCUGAUUGACGAAAAUACCGAAGAAAUUAUAACUCUUGGUGUUCUUUGUGAUGGCAAGUAAACAAACUAUUUAAUCUUACAUAUAAUUAAAGUUUCUUUUUAUACAAGCUGCGGCCUUGUUAUAGGGUCAUUUGGA